UGCCGCUGCCGCAACAAGCUGACCGACGCAAUUCACGUCGAAUUUCGGUGGAAUUAACACGAAUAUAUAUAUUUUUUGAUACAAGCUUUAAUACCUGGGAGAGCAGAGCUUCUUCGCCAAUGGCAAGUCCGGUUGCAGACAUCGGACAGUCUCAUCAGCAUCACCCUGUGACUGAGUCGGCCGCUGACUCCGCAUUUCAGGAGGCGCAGAAAUGGAUAGAGGCUGUCACCGGGAGAUGCUUCGGUGACAAGGACUUCAAAGGAGGGCUGGAGAAUGGGAUUCUGCUCUGCGAGUUGCUGAGCUCCAUCAAACCCGGCCUAGUGAAGAAAAUCAACCGGCUUCCAACACCCAUAGCCGGCCUGGACAACCUCGGUGUGUUCCUGUGCGGCUGUGAGGAGUUGGGACUGAAGGGCACCCAGCUGUUUGACCCUGGCGACCUCCAGGACACGUCGACGCGCCCCAACGCCAAAGGCAGCGACUGCAGCCGAAAGCUAAAGAAUGUUCUGAUCACCAUCUACUGGUUGGGUCGUGCUGCCAACGGCUGUACUUCCUACAACGGUCCCACGCUGGACCUGAAAGAGUUUGAGGGCCUGCUGUCACAGAUGCGAAAGGAGGCGGAGGAGGCGGAGAGCCCUCAGCGCAGCAUCCGGGACAGCGGCUACAUCGACUGCUGGGACUCCGAGCGCAGCGACUCGCUCUCGCCGCCGCGCCACGGCCGCGAGGACUCCUUCGACAGCCUGGACUCCUUCGGCUCGCGCUCACGACAGACGCCGUCGCCAGACGUCCUGGUCCCGCGCGGCAGCAGCGAUGGCCGCGGCAGCGACUCCGAGUCGGACGGCGCCCCCCACCGGAAGAUCCCGGACGUCCGCAAGGACGACAUGUCGGCGCGGCGGACGUCCGUCAGCGAGCCGCGCACCGCCGUGCCCUUCAACCAGUACCUGCCCAACCGGAGCAACCACAGCGGCUACGUGCCGGCGCCGCUGCGCAAGAAGAAGAGCGACGGCGAGGACGGAGCGCGCAAGAGCUGGAGCACCGCCACGUCGCCGGUAGCCGGAGAGCGGCCGUUCAGCACUCCGGCUCGCUCGUGCUCAGAGGAACUCUUCCACCAUUCGACGACUCGAGCCGCGACCCCCGUGGCGGUCGCGGCGAGCCCCGUCGCCUCCUCCGUGAAACAUCCACCUGUGACGGAGCAGCAGCAGGCGGAGUCUGUGAGGAAGGGAGCCGCCGGUGUCCCGACAGUCGCAGAUGCGGAGCCGCGAGAGACGCAGUCCCGCCAAGCGCCGACUUCUCCCAAGCACGCCUCCGUCCCGAGUCCCCCCCACUUCCUUCCUGUGCCCGCUGCCAUGGCAACGGCUACGACCGAUUCAGGCCGACGGAAGGGACGGGCGCUGAGUGAAUGUGACGACCCGCAAAGAGGGAACUCUCGGUUGGACGGCAGUCCUCCAGCAACAUUCAGCCGCACACGUAGUGCGUCAGGUGACCCGCAAAGUGUGAGUAUGAUCGACAUGCGCGGCCAGGAGGAGGAAGAGGAGGAAGAGGAGGAGGAGGAGGCCAUGCAGCCUCACAGUCAGGUGCGUCACGAGCUGAUGCACAGCCAGUACCACCGGAGGAAGGAAGAGGACGACCACUGGCAGGAUGACCUGGCCCGGUGGAAAAAUCGGAGGAGGAGUAUCUCCCAGGACCUGAUCAAAAAGGAGGAGGAGAGGAAGCUGAUGGAGCAGCUGAUGGGUGGAGGCCCUUGCACCUCCCACAGGAGGAGAAGCAUCAAGACCUACAGAGAGAUCGUGGAGGAAAAGGAGCGCCGCGAGUACGACCUGCGAGACGCGUACCGGAGAGCCGGGAGCCACGAGGAGGCGGAGCUCAUCCUGCAGCACUACGCCCAGCGCUUCUCCAUCAGCGAGACGGUCCUGGACCGCCUCCAGCUGCCGAAGCUCCUGGACCGCAGCGUGUCCGACGACCCCUCCUUGGCCCGCUCUCCCUUCCCCCUCUCCGUGUCCCCCUCCCCCGCGACCCCGGACCCCUUCGACGUGGACCCCAACGGGCCCUUGAGGUACCUGCGGCAGCAGUCCGCCCCGCCUCCGAAGUUCACGUCCACGCUGGAGGCGCGUAUCGAGGAGCUCCCCACAGAAGUGCCGCACCAGCGGCCUCAGGUUCGCUCUCGCUCGUCCGAGCCGCCGUCCAGCCGGACCCUGGCGCCCAGACCGGGGCUUUGCUUCCAGCCCCGGCCCUCGGCGGGUGAACCACGGACCUGCAAGGCGGAUGGUUUGUUCCGAGUCAACGGCGACAUCGGGAGUGUCGACGUUCCCACCACGCCUGAGAGUCGAGGAAGGGAAUCUCCUCCUCGUUUCCUGGCGUCUCCUUCCAAAACCAGCAACAGUGCUGCGGGCGCUCCGUCGGCAGCAGCAGCCUCCCCGACACGCAGCCCACCCCCCUCGACCAGAGGUCAAGACGCCCCCGCGGGGUCAACGAAGGCCGAGGAGGCGCCAAGUGGCUCGGAACCAGCUCCUAAAGACGUGCAGGAAGAAAGAGUCAUCCAUCAUUCAACAGCACCCAGCCGGCCCACCUCGCUCCCAUCGGAGCUGCAGAAGCCAGAAGAAAGCUUCGUGGAGGCUGGAAGCCACUCGGCAGCUGCUCCAGAGGAGGAGAAGUCCAACGCUGCAGCGGCACGCCACGCGCCUCCUGCAGAGCUCCGAUGCCGGCGUGUGCGUGCACAUUGGGACGAAAAAAAGUCACUUGCAUCCCCCGCUCAGCCGCGAUGCGCGCACACUGAAGACAAACACGCCAACGUCGUCCAGUCAGGAGUUGACACGCGGGAAAGUCAGCUUGCAACUUUGCAGGCGAGUGUUCCCAGUCCCCGGGACUUGUCUCAGAGGAGAGAGAAUUUACCGAGCUUGGCCGCUCCAGGGUCAUUUGAAUAUCACCCACCGAGGGACACGACAGCAGAAAUUGCAAACAGUGUCAGGUCUCCGCUGGCAACCAGCAACCCUAAUUUACGCUGGGAGUUCUUCGUUCUGCCAGAAGAGAUGGAGAAGGAUUGUCGUGGAAACGUGUCUGUCCCGGUGUUGCCCCAGGCCAGGCGGACUGACAGCUGGUCUUGGCACCCGGAUGAGGAGCGAAAGCGUCAGGAAAGGUGGCAGCAAGAGCAGGAGCGCAUGCUGCAGGAAAAGUACCGGCGCGAGCAGGAGAAGCUGAAGGAGGAGUGGGAGAGAGCGCAGAGGGAGGUGGCGGAGGAGGAGAGGAAGUACCACGAGGAGGAGCGUAGGAUACUGGAGGACACGGUGGCGCCGCUGACCCCGCGCUCCUCCGCCCUGCCCUCGCCCAGCCGAGGAGAGGCCUCCUCCGCCUCGGAGCCCCGCGACGCCAUCGUCCGCUCGCUGGCCGACUGGGAGCGCAAGCAGGAGCUGCAGUCGACGGAGAGCGUCGAAUGGAAACGCCGAGAAAACGACCGGACCAGCGACAUCAGCACCGCCGACGACAGCAUGAAGACCGUCCGGAGCUCGGUGAGUCCGGGCAGCCGUCGGGCGGAAAGUCCCGGUCAUAGUCUGCAGAACGGCCAAAGACCGGCGGCGACGUCAUCGGCCCAAACCUCGACGCCGGCGAAGAGACGGGAAGAGACGACGGCGGACGGCAACAAACGCGGACGGCCCGCGGGAGACAGGAAGAGCGGUCGUCCCAUUGAUAGUAACGUGUGCCGCAGCUCAUCCAAACCCCCCGCUGCAUGUCCUCCAUCCCCAGACACGCCGCCUCCAGCACCCAACAGGUCGGUCAGUGGGAAGAAGCUGUGUUCCAGCUGUGGCCAGGCUCUGGGGAAGGGGGCGGCCAUGAUCAUCGAGACCCUCAGUCUGUACUUCCACAUCCACUGCUUCAUGUGCGGUGUGUGUAAGGGACGGUUAGGAGACACGACCACGGGGACCGACGUCCGCAUCAGAAACGGACUCCUCAACUGCCACCAGUGCUACAUCAGCUCCCGCUCGGCCGGACAGCCGACCACGUUGUGACGCGGGAGAAGACGAGAAGAAGAAGAAGAACCGCCCUCCUCCUCUUCCUCUUUUAAACCCAUCAUCUGCGAGUCGAGUCACCGAUGAGGAUUCGAACUAAAACAUCUAAAUAUUCUUUGUGUUUCUGUCCCGAGUGACAUCUGGAAUCCGAUUGGUCCGUUGAAAAUAAAAGACAAUCCUCGACGCCGGAGUGAGGAACGCGCGGCGUUGAGGCGUUCGGGUCAAUUUGAAGCCGAUCUAUUUUCUAUACAUUAAAUUCCACAUCAUGUAAAAGCAGAAUAUACGACAGUGACUGAAUCCUCGCGUUCAUCCUUCCAGAGUUUCUUGUGGUCCGGCAGCUCCGAUUAGACCGACGUACGAAUACGUGCGUGAAUCUUUAAUUUAAGGUUAAAACAAAGAUUCAGGCAUUAAAAUACAUUUAUAAAGUGCAGUGAGAGUCACUUUAAAGAAGGAGAUACAACGUCUAUAAAACACUUUGUGGACGUGGUUUCAUCUUCAGCUGGAGCUCUUUUUGGGCUCUUGGGUCGCGGCUGGUUUUCAGGACGUCAAAGUGCCUUAAGAAGAGCGACACACACCCGCUGUGUGUGUGUGGGGGGGGGGGGGGAGAUUUAUUGUUUAUUUAGAUUUUUUUAUUUUAAGGGAUUUGGCCAAAUUUGAACCCUUAAACUGCAGACGUCAAGAACAUAAAUGACGCCCUUCAUUUCCUAUUCUGCCUAGCAACACGUGUGAAGAUUGAUGCUGCAGGGGAAACAUUGAUUACAUUCUGAAUGUUUUAUUCUCGAGGGAUAAAUAAACUUCGGUCUGAUAUUAAUUGAGGUCAUUUUGAUCAUUUCUAAAAUAAAUCACACACAAACUGGACGUCGGAUCACAGGUGAAGCUCUGAGCCGCCGGCCGGUCGUCGGGGAGCUCGCUGGUUUACUGCGGAUGUUUAAAAAUAAAUAAAAUGCACGUUUCAUAGAAGCCUAAAACCAAAUGAUUUGCCUGAAAGCAAAGCAGCAGCCUCCUCCUCCUCCUCUUCUUCCUCCUGUAGCCAAGCUUCAUCUCUCUGAUCUUCAGUGUCUCUGAGCUUCUGUUCCGGUUGUUUGUUUCUCUUCUUUUUUCUUUUUCUUUUAUCAUUUAGUUGAUGAAUAAAUCUGGAGAUCUUCUUCACCGGAUGGUUGGGGGGGGGGGGGGGGUGGAGCCUCUUCACCUCCGUUCUGUAUAUUUAUUGUAAUAUUCACCUGAACACUAUAUCCAAAAUAUAGAUUCAUUUGAUGUUUAAAUGCAACAGCGUUUAUAGCAAACUGUAUGUUUAUAAAUAAAAUGUUAUAAAUUAAAAAUGUGGGAUUGUG